AACCCUCAUCGCUUUCAGGAGCAGACAUGAAGUAGUCACAUUCGAAAUGUAUCGAAAGCUGAAGGAAUGCAAUGCAGUCAAUCGACAGCACGCUGCAUCUACCCCGUUAAAAACGAGUGUUUAUCUGAAGGAGUCCGUCCAUGCGAAGCUUAGGAUUGUUCUUGCUUCCGUGUGUUGUCGCGGUUGUGGUACAUAUUUGGCUGGUGACAGACAGAGCCGCCUUCUUUUUGGAUUCCAAGGUUUCAGAAGAACCUUCUGCUCACGAGCUGUUGGUGGGAGUUUUAUCUGCCCGGCAUCAUCAUGACCUCAGGCAGGCAAUAAGGGACACUUGGUCCGGUUACCUGGGGGAACAUCCUCAAUUCCAGAAUCGGGUACAGGUGAAGUUUAUCAUUGGGCAACAUGGCUGCCCGAUACCAGAAAAAGACAGAGAGGAUCCAUAUUCCUGCUCCCUGUUGAACCUUACUGAGACAGCGGCCGGAGAGGAGAUGGCGAUUCUGAGCGUGCCUGAUGCUUCAGCCCUCACCCCCGCCACAGACGUCUCCGCCGUCAGCCUGGACUUCAAGGUGCUGCACCCGGUGGUCAUCACGCAGCUGGGCGUCUUCACCAACAGCCCACGCCAGGAGUUCCGCGGAAACGUCACCGUCAGGCUCCUGCAGGUGGACCAGGAGGAGGCGGUGGUCACGGCAAGGUUCAGCACCGUCAGUCCGGGAGCGUGCGUGAACAGAGUGUGCUAUAAACCUGUGGAACAGUUCAUCCUGCCCAAGGGCUUCGAGGGGACACUACUUUGGGAGAGUCGAGAUCUGACUGGCCUGACCAUCGUAAAUGGCUCCAGAGUUAAGCUCAACGAUGGUGGAGGGGUCCUCAAACUAGGCUCAGUGGAGGAGGGUACCUUACCUCACAGAAGCGCACCUGGAUUCCCAGGUCUGGCUGGAGGCUUCACUUUCUCCGUCUAUGAUGUAGAGGCCCUGUCCGAGCUGCUGAGGGGCCGCCCCGAGCGCCAGAGCUCCCACCUGGACACGCUGAGGGCUGAGGACACGGCGCUGGAGCAGGAGAGCCAGCAGCAUGGGGACCUGGUGUUCGUGGACGUAGUGGACACCUACCGGAACGUGCCUUCCAAACUGCUGCAGUUCUACAAGUGGUCGGUGGGAAACGCUGACUUCAGUCUGCUCCUUAAGACGGAUGAUGAUUGUUACAUCGAUGUGGACGCCGUAUUAAUGAAGAUUGACCACAAGGGCCUAAAACGAAACAACUUCUGGUGGGGGAAUUUCCGUCAGAGCUGGGCCGUGGACCGCACAGGGAAGUGGCAGGAGUUGGAGUACGCCAGUCCGGCGUACCCGGCCUUCGCCUGUGGCUCCGGCUACGUGGUCUCCAGAGACCUGGUGGAAUGGCUGGCCAGCAAUGCGGGGAAGCUCAAAGCCUAUCAGGGGGAAGAUGUGAGCAUGGGUAUAUGGAUGGCUGCCGUCGGUCCUCGUAAAUAUCAGGACUCGGGCUGGCUGUGUGAGAAGGAGUGCUACGUGGACAUGCUCUCAUCCCCCCAGCACACGGCCGAGGAGCUCCGCGCCCUGUGGGACCGCAAGCGAGCCUGCGGGGAUCCCUGCGGAUGCCCCUGGGGGUACCACUGAGAUGCCCCUGCCCCAGGGUCCCACUAGCCCCACCCAUCACCCCUCUCCUGCCCCCUGCCCCAUCACUCCGCUUCACUGUGGAACAUGACCCCGAGACGACCCCGCACUGUUCUCCUCUGUUUCUAGAAUGUUCCGCUGCUGCGUGCGCAUGCGCGCGCUGGGGGAAACGAGGGCAGUGGUAGUUCUUAGAGCACCCGAGCGGAACGGCUCGAUUGUGAGAGAUCGCAGGGGCCGGGAUGCUGGGUGCUGCUUUUCAUCCUUCUCCACCGCUGUCUGCUGGCUUAAAGGGAUCAUUAUUUUUGGUUGGAGGACAAAAAGGGAGUGUUCAAAAGAAUCCAAAGGUGACUGGCUGUGAUGAAGGGUUUAUCUAUACUGCACGAAUGUCAACAACUCUCAGUCAGAAUUCCUGGCUGCUCUUUGACUUUGACUUGACUCUUUUUCUUUUUAUUUACAUUUGUUAAGUCUCUUUCUGCUAUCUGUCUGUUCACUCGGCUAUUUCUAGAAGUGUAAUAACAAUGUCUGAAAAGAAAGGAAAGUACAUUUGUCAAGCUACCGAGCCACUCUUCUGUCCUUUCGGUGUGGUCUUAUGUGCUGUUUUGAUGCUAACUUUAAGCGACUGAGAACUAAAAUUGGAUUUUUUCAGCCUGUCUUGUCUCGAAAAGCCUCCGGUUUCCAAAAUUGACAAUUACACAGCCCUAUUCCACCGCCCCAGACAUAACAAGAGGGUAGCAAAUUACUUAGAAGGCAUCACACAUUUUUUACAGAGAAUAAAUAAAAGAGCUGCUGGCAAAUUUGCCAGGCUCUCUCAGUGUUUAUGGACUAAUGAAAUAGACUAGCGCCACUCAGAGGCUUUCUUAAUGGAUUGGUUAUACAACAAAAGUAGCACAACAUAGUCAUCUGUGUUUAAAAUAUAUACAAGCGGAGCAUUCGAAACACCUGUGAUUGUGUAAAAAAAAAAAAAAACUCAGUCCAUCUUGUAUCACAACAGAUUUUUUUCAUCAGCGAGACAAAAAGCUAAAUUAUGUAUGGCAACAUUUUUAACUGCACUUGGAUCGUGGACGUCUAACUGGGUCUUGUCUCCAGACUUUGGUAUCUCUGCUGUGUGUCUGUCAUGGGAACACUGUCAGCAAGUAGAGGAACCCCAUGCUGUGAAAGCUGUCAGUACUCUGUUCUAAUCAAUAAAGUCUUUCUCUUCCUCUUCACCAAGAAAGAGA